AAAUUUUAGGACGGAGGAAGUAUCAUAUUUAUGAUAUAAGGGUGGCAGGGUACUCUUCAGCCUUCCACCAAUAGAAAGAAGAAAAAAAAACUAUUUGCCCCAAGGAAAAAAAAAAGAAAUGGAGAAAUCAUUCCGGUACCAUGUAGCAGUCUUAGCCUUCCCGUACGGCAGCCACGCCGCGCCCUUGCUCAACUUGGUCGAAAUGAUCGCCGGCGACUUCCCCGGCGUCCGUUUCUCCUUCUUCAGCACCACCCGGUCCAACGCCUCUCUGUUCAAGCCGUCCGCCAGCGGCCGCCGCAACAUCAAGGCGUACGACUUGUGGGACGGGGCGGCAGAGGGGGCGGCGCCGCUGCAGGAACAGGACGCCGCCAUGAGAUUCGUGGCGGUGAUGCCGGGAAACUACGAGAGAGCGGUCGAGGAGGCGGAGGCGGAGAUCGGGACCCGGUUCGGGUGUUUCUUGACGGAUGCGUUUCUUUGGUUCGGCGGCGACAUGGCCGAGAAGAGAGGCGGCGGCGGCGGCGGCGUUCCUUGGAUUGUGCUUUGGACAGCUGGGUGUUGUUCUCUCUCAGCUCAUUUACAUACUGAUCUUAUUCGAACUCUUUCUUCCUCUCCCGCCACAAACGGAGAGUCUACACAAGAGAACCGAACCCUGGAAUCCAUCCCGGGACUGUCCACCGUACGAAUCGGCGACCUGCCGGCGGAAUUCUUCACCGGGAAUCUACAGGCACCCACCUUCCCCGGCAUGGUUUACAACAUGUCCCUCCACCUCCACAGAGCAAACGCCGUCGCCGUCAACUCCUUCCAAGAUCUAGAGCCGGCCACCGCCGACCACCUCAAAACCAAGCUCCAAAACCUCUUCAACAUCGGCCCCAUGUCCCUCCUCCCCUCCCUACCGCCGCCGCCGCCCCCCAGCGACGAACACCAAUGCCUCCCCUGGUUGGACGCCCUGCGAGGCGGGCCUGCAGUCUACCUCAGCUUCGGAAGAGUCCUCGUGCUGCCACCUGGCGAAAUCGCCGCCAUAGCUGAAGCACUAGAAGCCAAGAGGGUCCCUUUUCUUUGGUCACUCAAAGAACCCGGCUUGAGCUACCUUCCGGAAGGGUUCUUGGACCGGACCGAAGGGCUGGGGAAGGUCGUGCCUUGGGCUCCCCAAGUACAAGUCCUGUCCCACCCUUCGGUCGCGGCCUUCGUGACGCACUGCGGGUGGAACUCGAUUCUAGAGGCAGUGUCCUCUGGGGUGCCCUUAAUUUGUAGGCCGUUCUACGGGGACCAGCCGAUGAACAGCAGGCUCGUGGAGAGCGCGUGGGAGAUCGGGGUGAGUGUGGAGGGAGUGGUGUUCACCAAGAACGCGACAAUGGAGGCCUUGGAUCUCGUUUUGGCGGGUGAUCGGAGUAAGGUGUUCAGAGAAAAUGUUGCAGUGCUCAAGGAGAAAGCUAUGGCGGCUGUAAGGCCUGGGGAUGGGAGCUCAACUAGAGAUUUUCAAGAACUGUUGCGCCUGCUUCAUCGUCAUGCUGAUUAGUUUAUCAGGGCUUCAUGUUUCCAUGCAGGAAGAUGUUACUUUGAACUCUAAGUUAACACCAUCAGUGGGUGCGCAGAACGUCAAUGUCCCGAAGACAUCAUCGGUGUGUUAUUUCUGGUGUCAUCCGUGGUGUGACUGAAGCAAUGUCCCUUCUAUGUCCGUGUGUUUGAAAUAAGCUUGUUGUUUAAAAUAACUUCAAGGGCAUUUUGCCCACAUAUUUUUUCAUGCUUGAAUUUUUGUUGUUGUUCAAUGAACUAAUAAGAGCACAUUUGGAACUUGGUAGGGGUUCCCAAUAUUAGCCCACCUCUUUGUUCACUCACCAUAAAGAAGCAACAAGAAA